AUGUUAGUAAAAGCCACUCCUUCUACGUAAUGUAUCCGUAAUCACUGAGUUUUCAUCUGUACGAUGCCAGAUAAAUAAUGGGACAUGCUUCACCUUUGCGCCCUCGUCGUUCGAAGAUUUAUUUAUACCUUCUCCCUUGCACCUUAUAGUGUUUUAUUCCUCUAAACACAAUUAGGUUUUUAACGGUAUAACUCAAGGGGAUUUCAACAGCUAAAGAAUAUCCAAAGCAUAGGUUGACAAUGGCUAGUGCAUCGAGCGUGACAGUGAAGUUAAACACCGGGGCGGAAAUCCCACUUUUGGGUUUCGGUACAGUUUCGGAGGACAAUGUCGAAAAUUUCAAGGAAGCUUUGACGGCAGCUCUAGUAGAUGCAAAGUACAAGCACAUUGACACUGCAUGGUGGUACAACACUGAACCAUAUAUCGGUGAGAUUUUGGAAAGCUUGGAUAAGUCCGGUAAAAUAAAAAAAGAAGACAUCUUUAUUACUACCAAGGUGUGGCCCUGCUUUUGGAAUGACCCUGAGAACUCAAUCGAAAUAUCCUUGAAAAACUUGAAGUUGGACAAGGUUGAUUUACUAUUACAGCAUUGGCCUGUUUGCUUUCAGAAGGUUGAAGACUCUAAUGGUAGAGUUGGGUUACCUAAAGAUGCUGCAGGCAAUAUUCUCUAUGACAAGAAUGGAGACUACUUGGUAACUUACAAAAAGUUGCUCAAGUUGAAAGACGAGGGAAAGGCAAAAGCUGUCGGCGUCUCUAACUUCACAAUCGAGAUGCUUGAGCGUGUUAUCAAGGAGACAAACGUAGUUCCUGCUUGCAACCAAGUUGAGAUGCACCCACACUUACCCCAAUUGGAUCUUUAUAAUUACUGUACCGAAAAGGGCAUUGUUUUGGAAGCAUAUUCACCAUUUGGCUCCUCUGGUGCUCCCAACCUAAAGAUUCCACUAGUGAAAGAGCUAGCUUCCAAAUAUGACGUUACCCCGGCUGACAUUAUUGUGAACUACUCAAUUGCCAAAAAGAUCGUUAUUCUUCCACGUUCUUCAAAUGCUGAAAGAGUUAAAAAGGGUUACAAAUUGAUCAAUUUGGAAAAAUCAGAGGUUGAUGCGUUGGACCAGUUUGGUGUCACCCAUCCUCAAAGAUUUGUUAACGAUCCUUGGGGUAAGGGCCUUGGUUUUGAACACUGGGGUUAAUUUCUGUCUAAUUAUGUAUACAGUCCUUUUUUACAAUUUUUUGAUUUACAUCCAGAAAGGAUGUCUGUUUUUGAUAUGUGUAUUCGAAUUAUUUUUGUGACAAACACACUUUUCGACAUUGUUGAAACAAUACUGUCA